AUGUACCUGGUCACUGUGUCGGGGAACCUGCUCACCAUCCUGGCCAUCUGCUCUGACCCUCGCCUCCACACCCCCAUGUACUUCCUCCUGGCCAACCAGUCCUUCAUCGACACCUGCUUCUCCAGCACCAUUGUCCCCAAGGUGCUGGUGAACAUCCAGACACAGCACCACACCAUCUCCCACACCAGGUGCCUCCUGCAGAUGUACUUCUUCAUGGCACUGGCCCUGCUGGAUGACUUCCUGCUGGCUGUGAUGGCAUGUGACCGCUACGUGGCCAUUUGCCUUCCUCUUCACUACACCACGAUCGUGAGCCCCCAGCGCUGCCUGCUGCUGGUCACUGUGUGCUGGCUCUGCUCCCACCUCCUGGCCUUCCCACUCACUCUCCUGAUGUCUCAGUUCUCCUUCUGUGCCUCCCGUUCCAUCCCACACUUCUUCUGUGACCUCCCCCCGCUCCUCACACUGGCCUGCUCAGAUACUCACAUCUUUCAGAUCAUGAUGUUUACUAACUCAACCCUGUCGGGUGUGGUGCCCCUCGGCUGCGUCCUCGUCUCCUAUGCGCACAUCAUGCGCACCAUCCUCAGGAUCCCCUCUGCUGGAGGGAAGCACAGAGUCUUCUCUACCUGUGGCUCCCACCUGACAGUGGUCACUCUCUUUUAUGGGACACUCUUUCUGGUGUAUUUCCAGCCCUCCUCCUCCUACUCGGCAGACACCGGAAUGGUGGCAUCUGUGGCAUACACGAUGGUCACCCCCCUGCUGAACCCCUUUAUCUACAGCCUGAGAACAGGGACAUGA